AUGAACCCCAACGCUCGUAGCUUCGGAUUCAACCCCAACGCCUCGGGCUUCGUCCCCGGCGGCCAGCAAGGCCAGCAACAGGAGGGUGGUGCUCCCUACGGCCAGCAGGGUGGAUACUAUCAGCAGGGCUUCAACCAGCAGCAGGGACAACAGCAGCAGGGCUUCAGCGGUGGCUAUCCCAACCAGUAUCAGCAGUACCAACAGCAAUACCAACAGCAGCCAUACGGUGGUGCUGGUGGCUACGGCCAGCAGGGUCUCAACCAGCAAGGCUUCUCCAACCAAUACGCUCAGCAGGGCUUCAACGGCCUUCCCGCCCGCCCCGCUGCGUCAGGAUCCAACCAGCCCCCUUCCCUCGCACCUCAGUCCGCCUCCGCUGCCACCGCCACGUCCGCUGAUGCUGCUCCCCGCAAGCCUGUCAGCAUCUCAAUCGGAGGUGGUGCCAAGCCUGCCGCUGCUGCUGCAUCCGAUGCGCCACGAAAGCCUGUGAGCAUCUCGAUCGGAGGAGGCGCCAAGCCCGCUGCUCCUGCUGCUGCCGACAAGUCCGACGCUCCUCGCAAGCCUGUCAGCAUCUCGAUUGGCGGCGCCAAGAAGCCCGAGGCGCCCAAAGAGGCUGCUUCCGCCGCUGCUGCCACCGAGACUCCUCCUCAAGCCGCUGCGGUCGCCGCUGUCAAGAACACCGAAGCCCCCUCUUCCACCGCUGUUUCGGCCCCCUCGUCUCGUGCCGAAUCACCAGCACCUGCCGCUGCCGCUGGCACCGCACCCAAAACCGAGUCCAGGGUCGCCUCGCUCUCUUCCAAGCCUGUCCCCACCGAACGCUCCACCACCAAUGCCGACCAGAUUCUUGCCGAGGCCGCCAAAGUCACUGACGAAGAGACCCUCAAGGACCUGUUCGGUGAAAACAGCGACACUCUCAAGUCGCACCUGAAUAUUGUCUUUAUCGGCCACGUCGAUGCCGGCAAGUCCACCAUGGGCGGUAACCUGCUCUUCCUCACCGGCAUGGUCGACAAGCGUACCAUGGAGAAGUACGAGCGUGAAGCCAAGGAGGCAGGUCGAGAGUCGUGGUACCUCUCGUGGGCGCUCGACUCGACGGCGCAGGAACGUGAGAAGGGCAAGACGGUCGAAGUAGGCCGUGCCUACUUCGAGACGGGCAAGCGUCGUUACACUAUCCUCGACGCACCAGGGCACAAGUCGUUUGUGCCCAGCAUGAUCAGCGGUGCCGCCCAGGCCGACGUCGCUGUGCUCGUCAUCUCGGCGCGAAAGGGCGAGUUCGAAACCGGGUUCGAGCGAGGGGGACAGACACGUGAGCACGCCGUGCUCGUCAAGACCGCCGGUGUGCAGCGUCUCAUUGUCGUUGUCAACAAGAUGGACGAAGCGACAGUCAACUGGGAGCAGUCGCGCUACGACGAGAUCCAGUCCAAGCUGACGCCAUUCCUGCGUUCGGCCGGCUUCAACCCCAAGACCGACUUGACCUACAUUCCCGUCUCGGCCUACGCAGGCCACAACCUCAAGGAGCGCGUGCCCAAGAGCGUCUGCGACUGGUACAAUGGUCCUUCGCUGCUGGAAUUCCUCGACAACCUCGCGCUGGGCGAUCGCAAGAUCUCGGCACCGCUCAAGAUGCCCAUCUCGGAAAAGUACAACGACAUGGGUACUGUUGUCGUCGGCAAGCUUGAGGCGGGCAAGAUCAAGAAGGGUGACACGCUGCUGCUCAUGCCCAACAAGGUCUCGGUCGAGGCCGUGGCCAUCUUCAACGAGCAGGAGGAGGAAGUGCCUGCGGCCAUCUCGGGCGACAACGUGCGUGUCAAGUUGAAGGGUAUCGACCAUGAAGAAGUUACAGUCGGCCACGUGCUUACGGAUCCGGUCAACCCGGUGCACGUCGCAACGCACUUUGAGGCUCAGCUGGCGAUUCUGGAGCACCGCAACAUCAUCUGUGCUGGGUACAGUGCCGUGGUGCACUGCCACACGGUGUCGCAGGAGGCCAGCCUGGUGGCCCUGUUGCACUACUACGACAAGAAGACGGGCAAAAAGAGCCGACGUGGGCCUCAGUUUGCCAAGAAGGGCAUGAAGAUCAUUGCGCUCGUCGAACUGGCGGGUCCAAUUUGCGUCGAGAGGUUCAAGGACUAUCCUCAGCUGGGUCGAUUCACGCUGCGAGACGAGGGACGCACGGUGGCUAUCGGUAAGGUGACCAAGCUGAUCACUUCGGCCGAUGAGCUGCCGGAUGUUGCGAAGCUCAGUGUCAACGAUGCUGCUUCUGCUGCGGCUGCGGCUAACUAA